GAUUUCGCAAAAUUUCUUUGGACCCAGGCCCAAUUCCCGGUGAAAAAAAAAACACCAAAAUGGGGAAAGGUGGCAUCGAGAUACCGGACUGGCGCAUCUACAAAGUAGAAGAUGUACCAAAGUUGAAAGCUGUUCAGGAAAAGUUGGCACUGAGAGGUCUUAAGGACCCCUGGUUGAGGAACGAGGUCUGGCGUUACCAACCUUGCUUCAAACCUAUCCCGUGGUGGAGGAUAAUCUUCAAAGGUCUACCCAUUGGAGCUGGUCUCUUCGUCGUUGCAGUCGGCAUCGAGAAGAUGUUUGCCAAAGAUGAUGGCCAUGGACAUCAUUGAUGAUGACCAGCUUGGAUUAGAGAAGGAUGUUGUCGAUAUCAUCUCGACAUCGAAAUUGUUUAUCUCCGUCUGAACUGUGAUUUGCAAGCUGCACUGAAUGUCUUUGAUAUGGAGGAAUCCCGGAAAAUGAAAUGAACCUAGAUGACCUUUGACUGAUGUAUGAGAAGCAUUGCUAUGACAGGCCUGUCAGGUGGUUAAGAAUUAACGGAAGCUGUUUGAUAUUCAUGCUCACCCUAAAAACUUGACUGUGUCUUUAUUAAUUUUCUUACUCAGGAACCCAAGGAUUCACUGACACCUAACAUCCCAUAGUAGUGCUUUAAAUAUUUUGAUUGAAAGUAAGCUACCAGUAUAUGUAUUUUGACUGUAAAUCAACUUAAUCAUAAAAACAAAGCAAAAAAGUAGAAAUGUCUGAAAGUUUAUAUACCUAUGUGUUCGAAGACAUAUCUCCCUCAUAAUUUGUAUGUGCAUGGGUCCUCCUCAAUAUAAAAUUGGUCAUUUACAGCAUUAGAUUGAAUUAACACAUCAAUGCUGUCUUUUGACUUCAUGAUGAAUUUCAACUUCAGUGAAAGUUACUAAAAUGUUCUGAAGACCAAGAUAUUGUUAGCUGUAUGAAUUGUGAACAUUAAAGGUAUGCUUUGAUCUGAUUAAUGUUAACACAGUGAAAGUGUUCAUGUGUUUGCACAAUGCUUUUACAAAGAUGAUUUCAUUGUUUGAGAACCAUUUUACUCUCUUCAAAUCUGAAUGUACAUGUACAUGUACAUCUAGGAGUUUAGAUGGAGAUUUCAUACCUAAUCAAAUUAAUGUGUUUACGGAUUGAAUGUGUGGGAUUAGCUUAAGGUCCAAAGGACCCAAUUAGGAGGGUAAAAGGAAUAAUGUCUCCCCCCCCCCCCCCCACAAAAAAAAAAAAUUUUAAGGCUUUUCUAUGCAGCUUGUGUACACUACUUAUCUCAGCUAAGGAAUUAUCAAAAUGAGUUUGAAACUUAAUAUUGAAGUGAUAUUAAAAAAGAUUUACUAUCAUA